AUGCGUCUCUCUGGGCUUCUCCUUACGCUUUCGGCGCUCCUUUGGGGUUGCCAGUCGACGGACAAUGGUCUUACUACUGCAGUUACGUGGGACAAUUAUAGUCUGAGUGUUAAUGGCGAGAGGGUUUUCAUCUACUCUGGAGAGUUCCACUAUCAGCGCAUGCCAGUUCCUGAGAUGUGGUUGGAUAUCUUCCAAAAGCUUAAAGCCAAUGGGUUUAAUACCGUCAGCGUGUACUUCUUUUGGUCUUACCAUUCUCCAUCAAGAGAUGUCUACGACUUCGAAACCACUGGAAGAAAUGUUCAGCGCAUGUUUGACUACGCCAAGGAAGCUGGUAUAUGGAUAAUUGCCCGUGCGGGGCCAUAUAUCAAUGCGGAAACAAAUGGUGGUGGUCUUGCGCUCUGGGGUUCUGAUGGAAGUAUGGGCAAUCUCAGAACAAGUGACAACGCGUACUACCAAGCAUGGCUCCCAUGGGUACUCAAGAUGGGCGAGAUCAUUGCAAAGAACGAAAUCAUGAAAGGCGGAACUGUCAUUUUCAAUCAAAUUGAGAACGAGCUCCAGGAAACUUCCUAUGUUGCGACCAAUACUCUGGUCAAAUAUAUGGAGCAACUCAAAGCUGCAUUCCUUCUCUCGGGGGUUACCGUCCCAUUUUCGCACAACGAGAAGGGCAUGCGAUCAAUCUCAUGGAGUACCGAUUACCAAAACGUUGGAGGAGCAGUCAAUCUUUAUGGACUUGACUCAUAUCCUGGUGGACUGUCUUGCACAAGUGUAAACUCUGGAUUCAACGUGGUUCGUACCUACUACCAAUGGUUUGCCAACUACUCUUACACUCAACCAAACCACUUCCCGGAGUUCGAAGGUGGUUGGUUCUCUCCAUGGGGCGGUACCUUCUACGACGACUGCGCUUCAGAGCAUGAACCUGGAUUCGCAGACGUCUACUACAAGAACAACAUUGGUCAAAGAACGACAAUUCAGAACAUUUACAUGACUUGGGGAGGAACUAACUGGGGACAUUCCGCCGCUCCAGUUGUUUACACUUCGUACGAUUAUUCCGCUCCGCUUCGGGAGACGAGACAAAUCCAAGAUAAAUUAUAUCAAACCAAGCUGAUUGGUCUAUUUUCUCGGGUAUCCAAGGAUCUUCUCAAGACAGAUAUGAUAGGAAACGGUACUGGAUACGCAGUCUCAUCUACUGGUAUAUGGACAUGGGAGAUUCGCAAUCCGGAUACCAAUACUGGAUUCUACACUGUUCAACAAGCCAAGACUGGUUCUCGAACUUCCGUGUUCUUUUCUGUCAAUCUGAACACAUCAGCUGGCAAUAUUACAGUUCCCAAUGUCAACCUCAAUGGUCGUCAAAGCAAGAUUUUCGUUACUGAUUACAACUUCGGCAAUCACAGUCUACUGUACUCCACAGCAGACGUUCUUACCUAUGGUGUAUUUGAUGUUGAUGUGCUUGUCUUGUACCUGAUGGAGGGCCAGACUGGACAAUUCGCGUUGAAGAGCAAAUCUGGAAAUGCCAAGUUCACAAGUGAGGGCGCAUCAAAGAUCAGCACUGCUGCUGGAAACAACACCAUCACUGUUUCAUACACUCAAGGUGCCGGCCAAACAGUACUUCAGCUAGAUGGCAUGCUCAUUUACCUACUCGAGCAGAAGGCGGCAUGGAAGUUCUGGGCCCCUCCAACGACCAACAGUCCAGACGUCAAGCCUGACGAGCAAAUCUUCGUUCUUGGCCCGUACUUGGUCCGAAGUGCAUCAAUCACUAACGGUGUUGUACAUAUCUCGGGAGACAAUGAUAACGCAACCACGAUCGAGGUCUAUUCUGGAAACCCAGCUAUCCAAACCAUUGACUGGAACGGAAUCCGUUUGAACGCGGUCAAGACUUCCUAUGGAUCAGUCACUGCCAAGAUUCCAGGUGCCGCUGAUAGAACAAUUUCCCUUCCUCCUCUCGAGAACUGGAGAUCUGCCGAUUCUCUUCCAGAAAAGGCUGCGACCUAUGAUGAUUCCAAAUGGGCUGUUUGCAAUAAGAGCAUAACAUUGAGUCCCGUUGCUCCUCUCACCAAACCAGUCCUGUUCUCUAGUGACUAUGGAUUUUACACUGGUGCCAAGAUCUACCGAGGAUACUUUGACGGUCAGUCUUUCACUUCGGUUGACAUUACUGCCUCCGGUGGACUCGCAUUUGGAUGGACCGCUUGGCUUAAUGGGGCAUUGGUUGGAGGUAACGUUGGUAAUGCAACACUCACCACGACCAGCGCCGUCAUUAAGCUUCCUUCGGCAUCUCUAAAGGCCAAGGACAACCUUUUGACUGUCGUGGUUGAUUAUCACGGGCACGAUCAAACCUCUACAGCCAAGGGAGUAGAGAACCCAAGAGGUAUACUCGGUGCUUCGCUUAUCUCAUCCAACGGCACUUCUUCUAGCAGUGCCUUCAAGACCUGGAAGAUUCAAGGGAACGCAGGCGGGUCUGCUGAUAUUGAUCCUGCUCGUGGUCCGAUGAACGAAGGUGGUCUUUAUGGUGAGCGACUUGGCUGGGCCUUACCAUCAUUCGUCCCUUCCACUCCUCAAUUCGACCGCUCCUCGCCAUUCGUUGGAAUCAAAACCUCUGGUGUCCAAUUUUACACCACGACAUUCCAUCUCAACAUCGACUCUGAUCUUGACGUGCCACUCGGUAUCGAGCUCGGUGCUCCAGCUGGUACAGUUGCCAGAGUCAUGAUCUGGGUCAAUGGUUACCAAUAUGGAAAGUAUGUUCCUCAUAUUGGUCCGCAAACCAGAUUCCCGGUUCCUCCUGGAGUCAUCAACAACAGAGGUCUCAACACGGUUGCGUUGAGUCUGUGGGCUAUGACUGAUGCCGGUGCGAAAAUGGACACUGUGAAGUUGAUUACAUAUGGACAGUACCAGACCAACUUUAAGUUUAAUCGGGAUUGGAGUGCUUUGCAGCCUGGGUGGGACAAGAGCAGGUUACAGUAUGCUUGA